UGGCAAAUUCAAUCAGAUCCACUGCAGACACUCUACGUGAGCGAGGUUAAACCGAGACACAUUUUCUUCUUCUUUUUUUGGCUUGGACCGCUGAUUAUUCGCCACAUUUCCACCAAGUUCUACUGGACUAUUGUGGCCACCAUGAAGGAAAGGAGAAACACGCAGCCGAUGGUGGCGAGAUGUAAGCUGGUUCUGGUGGGAGACGUCCAAUGCGGUAAAACGGCGAUGUUGCAAGUGCUGGCCAAGGACUGUUAUCCAGAGACUUACGUGCCUACAGUGUUUGAGAACUACACUGCCUGUCUGGAGCUGGAGGAGCAAAGAGUGGAGCUCAGUCUUUGGGACACGUCAGGUUCUCCAUACUACGAUAAUGUGAGGCCUCUGUGCUACAGCGACUCUGAUGCAGUGUUGCUGUGUUUUGACAUCAGCCGGCCAGACACCGUGGACAGUAGUCUGAAGAAGUGGAAAGCUGAGAUCCUGGACUUCUGCCCAAGCACGCGCAUCUUACUUAUUGGCUGUAAGAUUGACCUGAGGACUGAUGUCUGUACCUUGAUGGAACUGUCCAAUCAGAAGCAGACCCCUGUCACCUACGAGCAGGGUUCUGCUUUGGCCAAGCAGCUGGGUGCAGAGUCCUACCUGGAGUGCUCAGCAUUCACCUCUGAAAAGAGCAUCCACAGCGUAUUCCGUACCGCGGCCAUGGCAUGUAUCAACAAGCUGCAGCCCCUCUUGAAGCCCAGCCCCUCCCGCCGCCUGUCCAAAAGACUGCUUCACCUGCCCAGCAGGUCGGAUUUGCUCUCCUCCACCUUCAAGAAGGAGAAGACCAAGAGCUGCUCGGUCAUGUGAGCCGGAAAGGUUGCUGGUAAAAGUCUUCACUCGAGCCCCCUGCCUCUUUGGUCUCGGGGAAGGGGGGUGGGCACGAUGGUUUUAUCAGGGCUGCCUGCUGAUUCCUUCCCUCACCCCCCUAGAAACCAAAAACCCCCUCAGAAGAAGUGGACCACCCGGCUGUCCACUUGCUCCUGAACCUUUUAGUCCACACCUUUUCCCAACAAACAAUGUCAGUAAAGGCUUUAAGCACUGAGCUGUCUAUCAUCACAAACACAAUGAUCAUACAUCUCCCUACUAUCUCGACCUGCAAUCUUGUGAAGUAAACGUAUCUCGUGGAUCAUUUCAAAGUACAAAAAUAAAUCUAGCAUGCAGUCUUCGGGGCCAUCUCUCAUCUCACAUCAUAGUCAGGUGUGAAAGUUUGCUGGUGGCUGCCGGCCCAAAAUCGGACGUGUGAAAGCAAUGUUGUGGAGAAAGCAGUGGGACCAAGUGCAGUUAGAGCUGCAUGGUUAGUAGCUCGUAUCGGCACUGCGAGGACGGGCCGCUGGGGAGAAGGUCAUGCAGGUGUAGGGUGCUCCACAGGUGUGUGGAGGCUGGAGGCACCACAUGUACUAAAUAAAAGGUCAAAGGGAGAACUGGUGAUGAGGCAGAUGCAUUAUAAUAAGCCUGGAAUAGGAACAUACAUGUUUUUAGCUGGUCAUUGAGGCCUAUUGUACAGUAUUAUUAUUAUUAUUGUUAUUAUUAUUAUUAUUAUUAUACAGUGCUGUAAGGCAUAUUUACUGUAUGAGCAUCGACUAAUGAAGGCAGGCCUUCUGCUAUGAUUUGUAGCAUCUUAUUAUUGAAAGCUUUUCAACAUUUUUCAACAGAGGGGAUUAUGCAGUUUGAAAAACACCUCUUGCAUAUCACGUUCCUAAACAAUUAGUUUGAUUCAAUGUAGCGCUCCCAACCUGACUUCCAAGACACUCAACUUAUUCUCAUGACCUCUAAUAAACAGCUACACAUGUUCUUAAAUCUUCAGCUUCUUGGUUAAGUGUAUGUGCAGCAUUGAUCCCUGUGCUUCUGACCAUAAAGCAAUAAUGAUUUUAGUGUUAAUAAAACGUGACCUGUGUGGCAAUAACGGAAAACACAACUUGUGCUGUUGUUAGUUGAAAACAUUUCUCUGCUGUAAAAUGAGAACAGAAAACGAUCCUCCCUUCUCCUCCUCCUCCUCCCCUCAAUAAAUAAUCACCAAUCGGUAUAACAGAAUAACCAAUGACAAUUCUGUGCAAUUGAUACGCUGGAAAGAUGCAAACGAGAUGACUGGAAAUGGUAGACAAUUUCACUUAAUCUUGAUUUUUAAAAUGCUAUUGAAAGAGUUGACAGUGUGAUAUCAAGAGUUCAUUUGCUGUUAAAAUGGAUAAGCACAGAAUUGGAAAAAACGUGAGGUAUUUAUUUCUGCAUUCUUUUAUAGAUUGACAAGCCAAGUUUGAAGGAAAUGUGAAGGAAAUUACACUAUAACUGUAAUGAAAGUUUUAUAAAUAUAAUGAUAACACAAAAAUUGUGGAAAAGUUACUAAGGCUCAUAAUGGUCUGCAUUUGAAAAUAAAUGUUAUUUCCAUUAUAAUUUUUAUAUAAUUUGCAAGUACGUUUGUAUUUUGUUAUUCACUGUUAUAUGAGGCAAUUCUCAUGACAAACAACUAAAAUAAACUAUUGGAAAAAGUAAGGCUUAUAAUCUAUAUGAAUUUUCUGGGGCUUUAAUUUAGAUUUUAUUAAUUGAUUGAGUGUUUAUCCAUUUUAAGAGCAUGCUGUAUCUGUCUUUGCAGAUGAAGUCUUCAGAUUUGUAUUUUCUUUGUAAAAGAGCUAGUGUGUGGGGAAAAAAAGGAAGAAGAACAAGAGAUCCAAAAGUACAGGCUGGCCCUGUCCAAAGAGAGCUAUUUUUCCAUUUCCAGUAUUUGCUAAUUAUUCUUGUUGUUUAGUUUUUCUCUUGUGUGUGUGUUUGUGUAUUUAGCUGUUGUUGGGUUUUUUUUUAAAGAUAAUACCAUUGUGUGAGUUUUGUAAAUAUCCCCGAGCUGCUCAGUGUGUCUUCAUGGAGCUGUUGACUGAAGUCAAACAAGAUGAUUUGCACAAAGGAUUCCUUCACGUUCAUGGUCACUCAACAAAUUCCUCAAUGUCACCUAGCAACCAUUCUGAGACUGGCUCCUGGUUUGUGUCAUCAUCUCCACACAAAUGACCACCGUUGAUGCCAUGUGAUCUAGCAAGCAGCCAUUGUGUAGUAGUCAGUGUGUGGUAUGAUGAUGCAGUCUAACCUCCAAGCAUGUCCAAAUAACAAUGUAUGACUGUAAAUACCUAUGUUGAUUGUUUUGUAGUCAUUGUAAGACAUCUGGAAGGAUGUAUUUUGGAAAUAUUGUUGAUGUGGUUAUUUAUUUUUUCCCAGUUGACAGUACAUUUGUUUAAAAUAUAUUUUGGGAAAUCUUUGGUUUUUCUGCUGUAUUAAAUAAAGCUCGCCUCGUCCUGUA